UAGACCACUUCUCUCUUCUAUCAAACAUUCAGUUUGUCAGCAACUCUUAAAGGACUCUGUUCAUGCAGAUUACACAGACGGACAUCUAACUAGAUACUUUUUUUUAUCAUGAUCAAGAUGAUCUUUCACCACUUCUUUUACAUCAUAUUAAUUUUCUUCUUUACCCCAGGACUUUCAGUGAAUAGUUGCAUUAUAACGGUCACACAGCCACAGGAGCGUCUUCAUGGGAGAUUCAACCAGACAGUCCUCAUCUCCUGCCACGUCAACACGUCUUGCAAAAUACAAAAAGACGUGCAAUGGUAUGUGUUCAAGAAAGACUCCUAUUAUCAACUGGAUAUAAACAAACAGCCAACGAAGUAUACAUUGCAAGACGCAGACCUACAGAUCAGUUGGCUCUCACACAGCGAUGACGGCGUGUAUCACUGCGCUGUGACUAACAGAGAUUCAACAGACAGUGGUGCACAGGCUAUUGGGACUGGCACAACACUGACACUGAAAGAGAAUGACUAUAACACUGGGGAAGUUCUGCUGAUCACACUAGUGGUCUUACUGUCGCUCUACAGUUUAAUAAUCCUGACUCUCUUCAUCUGUAUAAAGACUGGACAUGCCAUGCUGUUAAAACGAAGACAAAGCCAAAGCCAGGCGAAGGGUGACUCAACCAGGACAGUCCACUUCGGAGCUGUGUUGCAAGAACUGUACAGCAAGAGGAACCUGCGAAGAAACAAGAAAAACACAUCCACUGAUGUUUCACAGGAAAACAAGGUUGAAGAGCCACAGUCCCACACUGUGAGAGAAGACAUAUACCAAAACCUGAAAAGGGCUCGAUAAAACAUCAGCUCAAAACACCAAAAGCCCUCUGCUGUAUAGUACACAAAGAAUAAAAAUCGACACAGAAGUGACGGAAAGAGGAACAUUCAACUUGGGAACCAGCUCUUGCUCCUUUGUCCUAAUCUAUACUUUUAUAAGCCAAACUGAGAAAAUAUCUCAAAAAAGUGUGAACUGGAACUUCUACCAUUUCCACACACUCUGUGGUGGUGAGGGGUGCUAUUCUCUGUUUCAUAUUUCCAUAGUGCUUCAUUGCCUCUUUUAAAUACAUUCAGUUAUAUGUUUAUUUUUACUUCUCAGUAAUAAAAUUAUAAAGUUUUUUAUUAAUCAGUUCAGCGCUGCUCCUGAAGUAAAUUGAAGUUAAAAAAGUUAACUAAUUAGCUGCUAAAUAUAUAAGAAUGGAUACAACAUUUUUUUUUCCUGGUAAAGGUGUAUAAUUAGGCAACAGAACAGUAAAUGCAGACCAGAAUAAAUAUCUAUGGCAGAAGAACACACGUGUGGCUGCCUGGGAAAACCCAUCACGUGGUGAAAUUUUGACAUUUUCAACUAUUUAUAUUUCCGGAAACUACAGGCUUUCUUGAACUGAAAUGUGUUUCCCUUUUUCCUGUAUCUCAAUCAGAAGUAAAGUACUACUGUUCUCAGAAGUGCAAAGGGAGAAAACUGCAUUUAAAGAUCAGGGACAUUUUGACAGCCAGUAUCUGAUUACAAAAAAAAAAACAUACAGACUAUAACCAAUACUGUGGUGCACACACCACAACAAACAACAAUACAACAGCAGCAGAAGCUUGACAAUGAGAAGAUGAAAAACUAGAACUAAAAUAGUGGUGCUAAUCAAGGUGAAACAGGUGGGGCUGAUGGGUAGUAUAGUUCUGCGCUACGUUUGGUGCUACCAUGACAGUUAGAAAAUAAAUUUUUAAAAAUCCUUUUCAUUUUGAUGAAGAAUAUUUAUGGUUUCUUAAAGUUGAGAGGAAAGUUACAAGCAGAAAAAAAAUGCAAUUUUGGCCAAAACACAUUUUUUCUCUUUUUGACUGCUUGCCAGUAGCCAGCCACAACAACAACCAACUGGUUUUCACAGGCUGCCACAUACAUACACACAUACAGGUGUGUUGUUGUCUGUUUGUACCAGUGCUAUUAAUAUAUCAGACUUCUAGUUCUCUCUUUUAAAUCAUACUUCUGAUAUCUGUGAUAUCAAUGGUUUCAUCUCAGCCACAGUUUGUAACUGCAAAACAAACCAGUGAUAUAAUAAACACAGCCUGAUUAUAUAAAUUCAGAAAGGACUUGAGUGCAUUUCAGAAGAUUCAUAGACAGAUCUCUAAAUGGGUAAAAAAGCACACAAAGACAAAACAACAACAGCAGUGUGUGAUUGCAGAACAACAAUGUGCGUUUACAGUAAUGGAAUAAAACCCAUGGGCUUAUUUUAGUCACUAAUGAAGUAUGAUAUAAGUGCAAGUAUUUACAGCAGUUACUAAUAGUGUGCUUUCAUUAAAUGCAAUAUUCUAGGUGUCAUGGAAAAUUCACUAUUAAAGAGAUUUUAUGCUCCAGAAUGCA